AUGCUCUAUGUUUUAACGAAAAACGGAAAACCUGUAAAUCAGUUAGAUAUUAUGAAGCAAGAUAUUUCACAUCAUUCACUCUUACAAUAUGCUCUUCAUUUUCAUCCGAAGUAUAAUGAAUUGCUCACAUUUGGUUUCACUAAUCGUUAUAGUUGGAUAUCUUCUUUUUCCAACAAUACUGAAGGCGCUGCUUUACCCGUCGAUAAUUUAUAUUUACCACACCCAGUUUAUUUACAAAUCCAAGAAGAAUUAGCUCGAACUUCAACUGAUGGUAUCUAUCGUCUUUCACCUCAUUUGCGAACGAAUAAAUGCCUUAGCGUAUCAAAUGAUUCAACCAGUGGUAAUAUCCGUUCAUUAAAACACAUCGUAUUUUGCUCAAAAAUGAUGUGCACUACAAAAAGUUCGAAUCGAAAUGUUGAACUAAACGUUAAAUUGAGACUUUUAUAUUAA